AUGAAGCUGGCUGCAAGAGCAAUUGCAAUGCCACGGCAGAAUGCGGCCAGUAUGCUGCAGAAUCCCCUGGAGAUUGUCCUAUCAACUCGGUAUGGAUUCUGUGGCGUGACAGAUGAAUUCUGCGGCGAUGGUUGUCAACCAAAUUCGGAUGGUGGUGGCUGUGGUGCUGCUCCGCGACCCAAAGAUUGUACAAUCAAUACCGAUGCGCUUUCCUAUGCGCGUCGUAUUGGGUACUAUGAGCUCUUCGCUACUCAGCAUGACUGCAACGUCUUUGAGCCUGAAGACAUAGUAGUUGCUGGGCUCACACACUUGAACCUAGCUUUCGUCAAUUUUGGGGACGACUUUAAAUUACAGACAGGCGACGGAAGCCUCAUAUACCGCGCGUCGCUUCUAAAGGUCAACAAUCCAGGGCUACAUGUCUGCAUAUCAGUUGGAGGAUGGGACUUUAAUGACCCUCCUGACCAAGCUCUCUGGUCACAUAUGGCCAAUGACUACACGAACCGACAAAUGUUCAUUAGCUCUGUCGUCGACUUUCUCAAAAAGUAUGGGUUGGACGGCAUUGAUCUUGACUGGGAAUAUCCCUCUGCGAGUGAUCGUGGUGGCGUCCCCUCGGAUGCAGACGCCUUUGUGCUGUUGGUAUCGGAUCUACGUGAUGCAUUCGACUCGGAAAACCCUGGGUGGACCAUUUCGGUAACGUUGCCGACCAGUUACUGGUAUCUACGGGGGUUCGACGUUAAGAAUAUGCAAAAAUAUGUCUCGUGGUUCAACUUAAUGUCAUACGAUUUACAUGGUACUUGGGAUCAUGACAAUAAGUGGACUGGGCCAUAUCUUAAGGGACAUACAGACAUCUCCGAGAUCGACUUAGGGCUCGAUCUUCUAUGGCGCAAUGGCGUCGAUCCCGCCAAGGUAGUAUUUGGUAUGGGUUUCUAUGGGCGCUCAUUCACCAUGGCUGACCCUAAUUGUUACGAACCUAACGGCGAUUGUGAGUUUGCUACGGGUGGCCGAGCCGGUACCUGUUCCAAUACGGUGGGCAUUCUCACUUAUCAAGAGAUUGCGGCACGUAAUGGCAGUUUGGAUAUACAAACGUUCUACAACUCUACCACGACGGUCAAAUUCAACGUAUAUGACGGUGAUCAGUGGAUCUCGUAUGACGACGAGGAGUCAUGGCAUGACAAAAAGGCGUUUCUUUCCAAGAGAUGCUUGAGCGGUCUAAUGAUUUGGGCCUUGGACCAGGAUAACUCAAGAUUUGAAGCUUAUAAUGGCGUAAUGGGAGACACCUCGUUGCUAGAACUUGAGGGCAGCGGCCUAAGCCCCGAGGCGACGGCCCAACUUGCCGACCAGUUUGCUGCAUAUACUGGACAGAAUUGCUUCGUGACGCCACGGUGUACGGAUGGGAGUCCCAAAGAGCAAGGCCCUCAGCAGGUCUGCCCAGGUGGAUAUCAGUCCGUAUCUGCGGCUCACACGCCCAGACAAGUUCAGGGUCAUGACUACUUCGGAGAGUGUAGUGAGGGUUGGUGGCGGAAUAUCUGCUGUCCGAAAGAUGCCCUCCCCAAGAAUUGCCGCUGGGUAGGUGCCCCUGAACGCAGCGAGAUUGGUUGCUCGGGAUCCUGCGGUAGCACCCAGUUUGAACUCAAUGCGGACAGUUAUUUGGACGCAAAGGGAGAGAAAAGCUGCUACUAUGGCACACGCUCUCUCUGCUGUGACUCUACCGAGCUGAUAUCAGACUGCUACUGGAGCCCUUGCCAGGGACCGAUCUUGACCAACCCAGAGUGUAAUGACGGCUACACGUUCGAGGGAUAUCGGCUAGACAAACCUGACGGCACGCCAUGGUGCUCGGAUACGUACAUCUCCCCUGUUGGUGGGAUUAAAGGGAGCCCAGUCCACGGUAGCUUCCGAAGCGCGCUGUGCUGUCCAGAGAAACAGGCCUGGACUAACUGCGACUGGUCUAAUAAUGUCGGAAUAUUGGACCCUGAGCAUGUAUGUAUGCCUUCGCCAUGUGGAAAGAACAAAAUCCAGAUCGGAACUGCUCUUGAUCCACCCCCAUCGCCUGCGAUUGAUUCAACAUUCCCGGUUUCCUGUGAUGGUGUUGUUGCCCCGCCAGGAAGAGACAGGAGCUAUCCGCUAUGUUGUGACUUACAAAGCAAAUACAACAAGAAGUGGCCUGUUGACCCCGAGAAGGUCUUCCAGACAUACUAUAACACCCCCGGGGAUUCGGACGUGGUGUGGCAGUAUAGUGACGAGUACACUAACAAUAACAAGGAUGAUGGCCAGUCAAGCUCCGAAGAUGGGACCGAUGCUUACGGCUUCCUGAUGCUUGAUGGGCCGGAAGGCUCUAUCGACAGUAGUUUCUCUACUACAAACACUAUUGUCCGUAAGGAGGCCGCUAUACCGCGCGUCAAGCGGUCACUCGUAACUUACAACCAGACCGUCAUGGACACCGUCUUUGAUCAUACCGAGGAAACGUUUCAGUUCUAUUGCAACUUCCCCGCGGGAUCAGCUGAAUGCAAUCGUCUUUGGAUCGACGGAGCCGAGGAUACCAUUAUCCGGAUGCCAGAUUAUAUAGGCGAGGGACCCUUUGCUCGUGUUGUUUCCAUCAGAGAACUUGAGACGGACAAAAAAGGCUUCGGUCUUCCCGCUCACCACAUCAAGCACCGCGCUCUGCAAGGGAUCCACAACACGAAUCCUGUUUAUGAGAUCAAGAUUGAUUAUAACUUCUUAGCUAUAACCCCUAAGCGCGAUGACCAGCCGGUCUAUCUUCGCGUUGACUACACGAAUCUGCUGGGGUACUGGGAUGAAGUGGAGGCCGCUGACCCUGGCAAGAAAAGGAGUAAUAUGCCAAGCUGGCAGUCGCGCGUCAAGCGAGCAGCUGAGAGAGACAGGGCCGUAAGGAAGAGAUCAACUCCAAUUAAUGUCACCGCUCCUAUGGAUCCCAUUGCUGCUCGUUGUGGUAAUGGUAAUGCGGAUGCUGCUACCCUCUCUGUUGAAAAAAGGUGGUGGGGAGCCAUUGGAGGCUGGGUCAAGAAGUUGACUACCGUCGAGAAGUCUGACCUGGGCGUAAUCCCGUUAGCCUGGAGAGAUACCAUCAAUCUAUUCUCAGCUCAAUGGGGAUGCCCAGGUCAGACCUUCUCAGCAAAUCUGAGGAUGGAUUUGGAAGCUAUGAUCCAGAUGGACGCCACCUAUGCAUAUUACUUCCAGGGCCAGUUCAUUCCUCCCAAGAGUCCCGAAGUCUACGCGUAUCUAGGCAUGCAGCCUUCAGCAUACGUCGGCCUUCACUUGGUUGGCAAUGCCGUGAUGCAGUACACCUCAGGCAGGAAGAAGAUCAUCGACACGCUUGCAUAUCCCGGCUUGGCAGUCAAAGGCAUUGCCGCCGUUGGACCUACAUUGGAUGUUUACGGAGAAAUUCGAGGAAAGAUUACCAUACAUGGCGAAGCAAACGCCGGAGCACUUCUCAACUUUGACAAAGCCGAAGUGUAUUGGCCCUCGGAUGCCGCAGAGAGCAAGAGUGCUCAACAGCUGCUCGGUCUUGAUGAUACAGCUCUGGGGCCUGACCCUGAUACGAUUGCGCCGACAUUCGAGGCGGGUGUAGAGCUCGAUGCACAACUGGAUGUCAUCAUCACGCCCGAAGCCAAUAUCGGGAUAAAGAUUGGCGGUGGAAGUCUAGUGAGCGCGACAAUUAUGGACGCGCAGCUUACAGGAUACCUCAUGGGUGACCUUUCAUUCCAGGCCUCGGGCCAGGCGGACACCAAUACGGGGAAUUUCCAGUACAGCUAUGGUGUUUACGCCUUCUAUAACAUAGGUUACAAGGCCACGGCCGUUACCUUGGGCCUUGUUAACUGGGCAACAGGUCCCCAACAAGCAUUUACGCCGGACAAGCGCAUAAACAUAUAUGGUCCUAUAAGUGGCGAGAUUCCGCUUCAUUCAAAGAGGGGGCUUAAAGAGCCGCACGAUGUCAGCGAAAACAUAACCAUCGGGUCUGGUCUCAGCUUACUACCACGAACCGAUGAUGACGAUGACGGUCUGUCUCCUAAGACCCCUGACUUCACCCAGCAGCUCAGCUGUCCUCCGGGAUCAUCAGCAGACGUAAGACUGCCAGAGCUUCGCUUCAAUUGCGACCUAUUCGGCCCUGUGCAGGUACUACCAUUUGGGUCCGGACCGUCGUAUCUACAGCAAGGCAUGUGCGACGGCUGGAAGACGAUGUCGCCGCGCCCCACAGUAUUAACCUACUCGACUAACAGCAUUCGCAAUACACAACGGCGAAACUAUCAGUGCCCUUCUGGCUACUGUAAAAACGCCCAGCAGCAACUAAUCGAUGCUACAGGCCGUGACGGCAGUUCCAUAGCAAGGACGACCCCCUUGCUCGAAUGCGACGAGGCGCCUUGGGCAUCAACAGAGGAAGGGGGCGACUGGUUACCGAGUAACGAGCGCUCGGCUACUUGUGUUCCUGGAUACCAGAAUGGAGGUUGGGCUGGAAGCUCAUGCCAGAAGAUAGUAGGCGAUUUAUCAACCAACUGGGGCCGGUUGGACCCAACCCUCGGCCUAGACGAUUCACAGAAAGUCGACAAUUGGCGCAGGUGGAGGGCCGACACUAAUUGGUGGACUACGAUCACGGACAAAAAAGCGAGUGUUAACCAACAGAGACCGGUAAAGUAUUUCAACGUCCAACCUAAACCUGACGGCAUGGAUCAGCCGGAACCCCAGACAUCCUGGCUGUUUCGUCGUAACUACACUUGGUCGCUCGUCGAGGACACGGCCGAUGCAAGCCAGUGGUGGGGUGCAACCGGCCGCGAGUUUGUUACCAAAUCCUACAGAGGGCCUUCUGGGUGGGACUCGGUUUUGUGCGCCCUCAACACCUUCGGCCAGGACAAUCUCUUUAAGAUAGACGCAGGUUCUGAUUACAACGGCUAUUGUCUCCGCGGACCCCAGUACACCACCAAGGGCUGGCAGUAUGUUUACCAUGUCGCGCGGUGUAAAAUCACAUUCGGCACGGUGACAAAAAGGGGUAUCAACGGCAGCAAGGCAGCGGGUACUGAAGACGAAUGGAGUGUUCGGGAUGUUAAAUUUGUAGACACGCCCGAGGACGAGAAGCUCUCCUUUGCGGUCCCGGUUGCUAAACCUAACCCAUUAAAUGGUAUAGAUAACCCCAAUAUAGACAAGGGGAGGUUGCUAUUAUAACAGAAGACUCUUACGUAGAGGACGUUCCAGACUUCUGCUUUUGGGAAUAUAUUAACCAACUAUCGAAAGUGGAUUCCAAAAUUGGAUUUGCAAGGAAACCGUAUAGUUAUUCGUGUCGUGCGUCUUUACUGAGUUUUAAUUUUGCGCUACAGAAACCGGAUGGAGGGGUCAAUAUAUCGCAUAUAGUUAAUACAAGCAGUGAUGAAGGCAGAUAUUGGAAGAUAUUCAAAGUACGGUAGAUAUUUCCACAGGUUAUUUCCACGGGAGUCAGUUAUAUGAACUCAUAGGCAGAUGUAAAGCCCAGAGAUUCUUACCAUAAUUGGGCACAGUAAGCCACCACUCUAAUGAUAUAAUCGUCUACUCCAGAUUGUCCUGCCUCUAGUGAAUAUACACUAUGAUUCAAGUCGCCGCGAUAGAUCCACUUCACAAAUUCCACGCCUCCGCACGUUUCCCAAUCAAUCCCGUCGAAGCAGAUCUAGAAUCUAUAGCAGCGCAAGCUAACCACUAGGA